AUGGCUGCCGUACGGACCUUGUUCUCAAACGCUACGAUCAUCACAGUAGAUGAUGACAAGGCAAUUUGGUUGGAUGGGGCCAUCUUGGUUGAUGGGAACCGAAUAGGUGCAAUUGGGAAAACGGAAACGUUGCUCCAUCACCCUCUGCUGCAACCAGAUUCAACGAUUAUCGACUGUCAAGGCAAGAUCAUCAUUCCGGGUCUCAUCAACACGCAUGCACAUCUCGGCCAAUCAAUCCUUCGCGGCCUGGCUGAAGAUGUCCCUCUUCACACUUGGCUGUGUGACGCCAUCUGGCCCCUCGAAGCCAACUAUGAAGACAAUGACGGUUAUAUUGCAAGCAAGGCUACUAUUGCUGAGAUGUUGAAGAGCGGUACCACUUGUUUCCUCGAGGCGCUUCUUACCUAUCGGAGUGGAUUUGAAAACGCAGCUCGAGCCGUGGAUGAGAUGGGAAUCCGUGGUUGCUUGGGUAAACUCGUCAAGGUAGAGGAGUCAAACAAGUUUGGAUUGUCCGAUCCGCGAGAUCGAGAUAUUUCCAACAUGUCAAUUGAAGCCGCAGUGACGGCUCAUGGCAAAUUCCACGGCUCUUGUAGCGGGCGACUUCAUGUCUGGAUGGCAGCGGGAACUCCUCGAGGUACAGCCGAGUCAGCUCAUAAAGCCAUUGGAGACGCCUGUUCUGAACAUGGAAUGGGCCUCACCAUGCACUGUGCCGAAGCACCCAAAGACCUGGUCAUCUACCGUGAAAGCUACGGCUGCAGCCCUGUGGAGUUCUGCCAGAGAACGAAUCUCAUUGGCAAAGAUAAAAAGACUGUACUUGCCCAUAUGGUGAACCUCGACCUCGGCAAAGACUUGCCAUUGUUGCGAGAAACCGGAGCCACUGUUGCACACAAUGCAAGCAGUAAUUGUAAACUUGGGUCAGGAAUUGCCGCAGUGCCAGAAAUGCUCCAAGAGGGUAUUAAUGUCAGCUUGGGAACCGAUGGUGCCCCAUGUGCAAACACCUACGACAUGAUUCAAGAGAUGCGGGUUUCGGCGCUUGUCCACAAAGGCUCUCGACAAGAUGCGGCGGCCAUAACCGCAGAACAAGUUCUCACAAUGGCAACAAUCAACGGAGCCAAAGCACUUGGACUUGAGAACGAAAUUGGUAGCCUUGAAGUGGGUAAAAAAGCGGAUUUCGUGGUGAUUGAUCCUGUGGGUCUACAUUGUUCGCCAUUCGAUCCAUCGCAGGUGUUGGAUGGCGGCAUCGACCCCAUCACGACUGUGGUGUUUUCAUGCUCAGGAGCAGAUGUCGAUAAAGUAAUUGUCGAUGGGAAAGUGUUGGUGGACGAUCGAAAGCUAGUCAGGUAUGACGAGACUCAGAUUGCACAGGAGGCAAGACAAACGAUCAGGAGGAUUCGCAAUAAAAGUGACAUUCGGACUAAAAUCAAGAGAAACUAUUGCUGAG